AUCUUAAAUAUUGUACUUUCUAUACAAAUUAUUCAUUUUAUAAUUCAGGAUGGAUGAAGAGCUCAGAAAAAUCGCGGUACAAUUAUUUGAAAUUGACGCGUUAAGAUUUGGCAGCUUCGAAACACACGCAGCUGGUAUUCUGACACCGAUAUGGUUCGAUCUGCGCGUGAUUAUAUCACAUCCGCAUUUGUUGAAGUCUGUGUCUAGUAUUUUGUGGAAAUUUGCUGCAAUAAACAGUAAGGGUAUUUCCAAAAUCUGUGGCGUCCCGUAUACAGCAUUACCAAUCGCGACACUGAUAUCCGUCGAAGCAGACGUCCCAAUGUUGAUGAAACGAAAAGAGGCCAAGACCUACGGAACGAAGAAGUUAAUCGAAGGCCAGUUCAACACAGGUGAUACUUGCACUAUCAUUGAAGAUGUGGUGGCGACCGGAAGUAGUGUUUUGAGGACUGCUAAGGAUUUGAUAAACGAGGGAUUGAAGGUACAGGAAGCGUUUGUAAUUUUGGACAGAGAACAAGGAGGGCGGAAGAAUCUUGAAGAAAACGGUAUACAAAUGAGGAGCCUAUUUACCCUCACUAGUCUUAUGGAAUAUCUUGUGCAAGCUGAUAAAAUCACACCAGUUAUGGUACAAGACGUCAAAGAUUAUUUGCAGCGAGAUCAAGAAUUGCUGGAUAAUUAUAUAAAAGAAAAGUCUCCAAGACUGAAUACAUCCUAAUUGGAAACUGAUUUCACAGACGAUGCAAGACUUGUCGAAUGUUUAAUUUAUCUUGCGGUUUGUUCGACGAGACACGAUGUUCAACCCCUCGCAUCUACAUCGGUUUUUCAAUUCAUUUAAAUUGCAUAUCCGGGUGACACAAAUUCCCAUUGUAGUGCGUGCGAAGGGUUAAAGCAAAAACUACUUUCAGUGCUCUACAAUAGUGGAUACCUAAAAAAAACGAGUACAAUUGUGAAAUCGGAAAUAGAAUUGAAGGAUUGCAA